CCGGCAGUACUCGCGCCGCCGCCGACGUGCUCGCACCAUGUUCAUCCCCGACACGCUGCGGAGCUGCAUGGUGGAGCCCGACGUCUCGACAUACCUGCAGGCGCCCUCGUCUGGACAGGAUGAAUUUCAUCCUUUCAUCGAGGCACUGUUGCCUUUCGUCAAGUCUUUCUCCUACACGUGGUUCAACCUGCAGGCAGCGAAACGCAAAUACUUCAAGAAACACGAAAAGCGUAUGUCCUUAGAGGAAGAAAGGCGGUGCAAGGAAGAACUCCAGAACGAGAAAGUGGAGGUGAAGCAGAAGUGGGCGUCCCGGCUGCUGGGCAAGCUGCGAAAGGACAUCACGCAGGAGUGUCGGGAAGACUUCGUGCUCAGCAUCACGGGCAAAAAGCCCGCCAUGUGCGUCCUGUCCAACCCUGACCAGAAAGGCAAAAUGCGCCGCAUCGACUGCCUGCGACAGGCUGAUAAGGUGUGGAGGCUCGACUUGGUCAUGGUGAUACUUUUCAAAGCAAUCCCUUUAGAAAGCACAGACGGCGAACGCCUCGAGAAAUCCCCCGAGUGCACUCACCCGGGAUUGUGCGUCAACCCGUACCACAUUAAUGUUUCCGUCCGAGAGUUAGACCUCUACUUGGCCAACUUCAUCAACAGCCACGAAAUCUUGAGUGGCUUAUGCGAUAACAAUAAUGACAAAGAUGACGACAGAGGAAUGAAAGGCUACACUCACAACCCAUACAACGGAGUCGUAUGCAACGACACGAUUUUAGCCACUGGAGUCUUCUCAUCCAAAGAACUGUGGAGUCUUUCCAAAGCUUCUAUCAUGCAGGGCCCGAAUGGCAUGCAGCCUCCAGUGAGUGCAAUAAAGCUGGAGAACCCGAACUACUACUGCAACAGCUACACGCCGCCCGCCUCCGACCAUACCUCCAUGAUGCCCACCGGCGCCUACAGCCCACUUUCCCUGCCACGUAGUUCUCACAGCCCUGGAGAGCCUAGGCACAAACGGCCACGAAGUCUCAGCUCAACAGAAGAGGACAUGGAUUUGGCGAAUCGUGAGAAAGGCGAUGUCUCGUACUAUGGGCAGAGCCCGGCGUCCCUUUCCAGCCAAGCCAGCUGGCAGUCAGAUGUUGAUCAUGGUCAACCCCUGCACCUGGUGCAUGCUGGAAAGGUCGCCAAGGCAGUACUCAGAGCAUCCGACACUAACAAGGACCCCUCUUUGUGUAGUCACCUCCGCUCAGCUCAGGAAGGUCUGCAGCAACACAGUUCUGUGACAUCCAUAGCUUCCUCAAGUCUUAGUGGAAGUGCAUCUGCCAGUUUCUACCAGCAAGCAUCUGGCCCCAACCACACUCAACACAGUCCAACAAAAUAUCCUGAAAAUGGGCAUGACACACUGUCUGAUUUUGUUACCUUUGUGUGUCAAGAAGCUGAAAAUACGCAACAAGGGAGUCAGUCUCAGCCAGGUCCAUCAAGGAGUCCAUCAAAACUGUCUCAAUACUACCCUAGCUCAAUGCUGCCACCCCCACCUCCCCCACCCAUGGCUCGACCUGUGGCAAUCAUUCGAUCUACAGGUGAUAUAUCUUCUGAUGAAAAUGUGGAUAUAAUAAGGCAGACUUCAGCUCAGAAAAUGAGAGGUGAGCUGACAGUGACUUCAGCGAGCUCCCCACCAUCGUCUGGGACCCCACCAAUAGCAGAAGGUUCUCCAAGAGAUGGCCGCACACCAGUCCAGGGAAAUGCACUGAGUCCAUCACCUCCUGUCAGCUCAGCAGCAGUUGAUGUGGUCCCCACAAGCCGCACUGUUGUCAGCAGUCCAUUUUCGGUCAGCCGUGAAUAUGCAUUCACUCACAUUCACACCCAACCAGGACAGCUUUUCAGCUAUUCAAGUAUUAGUCCAGUUAGUGCCAUGUCAGGAGUUAUAAGUCCAACAAACUUGAGUAUGUUCAGCUCCCCUGUAACAACUCCCCGUACAACACCAAGAUCUACACCAAUACCUCGCUGGAAUACUCCUUUCAUCAGUUUGGAGGAGGAGUACAACAUGAUGACACCACUGAUAUCUGGAAAUGGCCAGAGCACUGAGUCUAACUCGGGAACACUUAUAGAUGAUGAUCGAUAUUUCAACACUGUGGUUCACAGCAGUGAAGGAAUAGAUGCCACUCAAGGAAUUACAUCUGGAGAUCCAGGAUCUAAUGGUUCAAGCAGUGGAGCUCGUACUCCCCCAUCAAGGACACCAAAUUCUAGCUCCAACCCAUCCACACCCACCAAGCCACAGUCAUCUUAAGCUGUAUAUUAGCACUAUUAGAUUUUGCUCAAUUUAUUAUGUGUGUUUGCUAAGCAUUGGGCCUGAAUGGUACCUGCUGUAAACUUCCCCUUUUAAUGGUAACAGCAGGGUUUGGCAGUAAUCUCCAAGCGUUGUGUGAAAUGAGAAUCUUUAGUUGGAUGUGUUUGAAGAUGCAUUUUUAUAACUCUUCCCUUAAUUUGUAAGAUUUGAGUUGGAUGAGAAGUAGAUUUUCUCAUAUUGAUCAACUAGUGCACAACUAAUGGAAGCUGAGACAAUCAGCCCAGAAAGUAUGUGUGCCAUAAUGUUGUCACUUUAAUAUGUGUUGUAAAUAGUUGUUUUAUUUGUGGUGUUAUCAGUCACAAUUCCCAGUCAUCUUGCAUGGGAAAACAGAUUGUUUUCUAACUACCAAAGACUUUAGCCAUAUUUAAAAAAAUGUGAUGACUGAUAUGGAGUUGUGUUAGAGUUCUCAUUGCUAUGUGAUUUCUUUUAAAUAUUUUCUUUUUUUAAGCACAUUGUGAGUAUGAUGUUUACAUCUUGUAGCUUGUUUUUGUUGUUGUACAGAACACAGUUUUAAAUAGUUUGUUGGGUGUCAAAAAUUUUGAAAAAAUUUUUGUUAUGCUUACAGUCAGUUUGAUUACAGUUUCAGUGUUUCUAUUUGUUUAUUUAUGUAGUUGUUAACAAUAAGAAUUUUUUGACAAAUGUAAGGUGGUUGAUGUUGAGUAUGAACACUGUUUGUAAAAUUUGUUACAUUUUACUGUACAUAUCAGAUUAUUUUUUAAGUAAAAGCAGUGCAGUUUUGUAUGUCUUUUGACCUUAGGUUAUUAACUUAUGAGGGCAUCUGAAAAAAGAUACUCAACUCAUAUACUGUUAAUAUAUAUUAUUAAUUCUCUUGUUGCGCCAACAGCUUGUUUAAGGUAUUUUGUUUGUUUCUAAUUCUGUCUGUGUUUCAGUGAGAUUGAUAUUCACAAGUUUUUAUUUUUGUAAGUACAGAAUCAAGCAACAUGAUGUUUUAGAACAUAUUCAGUAGUGAAGUGGCAUCAGUGAUCCAUUAUUUCAAAUGGAGGAGAUAUCUGUCACACAGACAAAUGUUGUAUUGAUACAAUGUUUCUGGAGCGUUUAUUUAUGAGUACUAGUCAAUGAAUAAAUUCAAAAGGGCCAUUAAGCUCUUUUUUCUUAUUUUUUUAUGUGAAGGUCUUCUGCAGUGUGAUAUAAAACUUUGGGAGGGUUUUUGUAAUAAGCAUCUGUUAGAGUGUUAAUAUGCCACACUUUUUCAUUGAUUAAUUAUUUUUUGUAGACAAGGACAAUGGGCCUCUGUAGAGAUCUCAGUGAUAAAAUAUUACUUUAUUCUGAGGUACAAAGUGUAAUUGGCUUUGAAUUGUCAAACAAUGAAGAAAAGAUUUGCAGUUAAGAAGAAUGGCUUGCAGAUAAUAUUUUACAAAUCUGUGAUGCAAUAAGUCGUAGCCUUGCCUUAAAAGCAAAUAAUUAGAUAGAACCGUAGAUUAGAUAUGUUUGUUACUGUCUAUAUAACAUGAAGUAUACUAACAAGACGGUGCUAGUGGACAUUCAGAAGGUAUGAAGUUUCUAAAAUACACAUUUGUUUAUCUUGCCAGUAUCAGAAAUUCCAUCAUUUGUAUGUGCAGCUGAAAUAACACCUUUAUCACUGAGGCAUACCUAAUUCUAGCUCAUAUACAUACUGAAUCCUGCAAAUAUAGCAAUAUGAAUGACUAAAUGUCCUGUAAUAUGUAGCAAAUGUGGUGUGUUACUCAGCUGUUUUAGCUUCUGUUGAUUGGAUAACAAAAUAUUGUGCAAAUUUUAAUUGAUGUUAGAAGAAAAGUUACAAGUACUGCAGCACUGAUUUGUAUAAAGACUGGAGUAACCUCUGAAGGCUCAAGAUUUUUUUACUGUACAUUUAUUUUACUUCAGGCAAGGACAUGUUCCAAAAUAUUAUUUAUUUCAUAUAGUUAGUUAAUUUUGUGUAGCCACUUGAAAAUGAAUAUGUUGUGUUUACUGUAUUAUGCUCAAACAGUCCAUUUACAAAAAGAAUAAAGGAGAGAGGAGAGGAAGGAAAGAGAGAGAGAAAGAGAAAGAGCAUGUCUCUCUCUGCUAAUGGAAGACUACAGAAUAGGAGACAAAGCAUGAAUGCUAAAAUAGCUGAGUUCACUAUGUGCUGCAACAAGGAACUACAUCAUCAUUUUUUGUCCAUGAUGGUGACUGCAGUUAAACUGUAUGCCCCUACAAAAGUUGUAAGAUUGUUGUGUGUUUGCCUUGUGGGACCCAACUUUUGUGGGAAAUCAAUUAAAACAUUUAUUAAUAGCUAUGAUCUGUAGAGAAUAAUAGUGUUUGAUACAAAUUAAUAUUUGGCAUCUUCAGCUUUAAGGGAUGUAUGAGCCCAAAAAAUAUGUGACAUAUACUAAGACAUUGUCUGCCAGCCAAUUGUAUGUUAUCCUAGUUUGAGAAACGGUAUUGAAUCCUUGUAGAUGGGAUUAGAUUAGAAAAAUGAACAUAUUUUGGGCCUCUGAUUACCAUGCACAUGUCAAAUACUGGUGUACUGGUCUUUUACCAGUCAGUUCUUACAUAACCAAAGAGGAAUCAGUUGUGAAACAAUUUGUUAGCAGAUUCAUAAGUAGAGCUUGUUGCAGUGUGGUACAAACUUGACUAGCCAAAAGUUAGUGAAGAAAACAAAUUGUAGAAGAGACAAAUCUCCAGUUAGUAGAGUAGUGGAUUUGAAAGAAAAAACUUUUGAUAAAUAGCAAUUUGUUAUAUAUUGUUACAUAUACCAGUUGUUGAUGAUAUUGCAAGUUAGUCAUUCAGUCACUUCUUGUUUUGUAAGUACAGUAACAAGGCUCAAUGUAUUACUGUUUGUAAAUGUGCUAAACCAGCACGUUCAUGACAGACUGUGUACAAGCUUUACUAUAAUCCAGAAGAUUGUAUCAUAGUAGUCACUGUAAAAUAUAGAACUUUUGUUUUCAUAUUUAAUCAUUACAUUUAAUUUAAUUCAUACACAUAAUCAUCCAUUUUAGCACAAAACAUAUUGGCAGAAGCUGUUUAAUGUGUCUAUCAUGUUUCUAAUAAUACUUGUGAAUCUGCGUCAAAUAACAAAAUUGCGUAAGUAUAGGGGACUCAAAAAGGUGAGACUGUGAGCAUUACGAUAACCAAUAAAAGUGCCAAGAAUCUGCAAAGUAUUUCCAUUUCAAGCUACUGACACAAAAUGUAAAAGUUGAUUGAAUCAGGAUAGUCUCCUAUGCGAUAAGAUAAGAAUUAAAAGCAUUUCUGUCACCAUGAUAGAAACUGCAUGCACAGUAGAGUCUAAACUUCAGCAAUAAUGUGUCUCAGAACUCAAGCUUCUGUAUAUAAUUUCAGACAUUGAACUCGGACAUGUGAAUAUAUAGAAAAUAAAAUCUUCUAAAACCUCUGGAUUAUAGUUAAGUUUGCUCAUAAUGUUAAAAUUCAUAGAUAAUAUCUUCAGUAUUUCCUUUUCAUGGGACUGUGAAAUGAAUUUGGUAUAGUUUUAUUACAAAAAAUGCAGGAACAGGCACCACCAGUGAGCUGCUUAUUUUUAUAGAAUAUCAUUUUGCCACAUUUUGGCUGUGUUUGUGCUGCAACUGAUAUGAACUGCAGCUUAAUAAAUACAAAAAGUCACAUAGCCCGUUUUUCAAGAGAAUUUUGAAAUAAUGAUAUAUUAAUAGGCAGUUAAGUAUAGUCUUCCUGUAUUCCAACAUUUCACAUGGUAACUAUUAAAAUAUUCACUUUUGAAUUGAAAAUUGCUUGAAAUAUAUUGCAUUGUUUAUUAGUUCAGUAGUUCUAACUUGUACCAUUUUUUCACCACAUUAAAAACUGAUCCAUCAGGUGACAGGUAAUCCAGUUGCAAUAUCAAAUAAAAGUUUGUAAUUACCUGUUGUUUGUUGAAGCAACA